AUGUUGCAGCGUGAAGCGGAGCGACAGCAGAGGGAAGCGGAGCGGCGGAAGGCGGAAGAGCAGCAGCAGCGGGCGUGUGAGCUGGAGAGGCGCGUGGGGGAGGGCGAGGCGAGGAUGAAGCAACUAGAGGCGCAGCUAGCGCAAGCCGAAGCUGAUGCUCAGGAAGCAACGAGGAGGGCGAGCAGGCAGCAGCAGGAGGCUGAGACGCUCAGAGGGGAGCUGCAGGCAGCACGUGAGGAGCUGUUGGCACUGCAUGCUGAGGUGGCAUCGCAGCGACAAGCAAUGGAUUCUAUGAAAGCCACCCAUUCUCAGGAGCAAUCCCGAGCAGCCCAGCAGCUUGCAGCAGUACAGGCACAACUGCGGGAGGUGCAGCAAGAGCAGCAGCAGCUGCAGCAGGCUCUGAGAGACGCCCAGCAGCACAGCGCCCAGGUGGAAAUGGAGUUGCGGCAGCAGCAGCAAGCAGCGGAGGAGCAGCGGAGGAAGGCGGAGCAGCACAGGCGAGAGGUGGAGCAGAUCCAAGCAAGGCUGAUAGAGGCUGUGGGUCAGAAGCAGUGUGCAGAGCAGCGUCUAGAAGACUCCAGGAAGCGGGCUGAUGAGCUCAGCGAGCGGGUGAAGCAGGUGGAGCAGACAGCAGAACAGCAUGUGGCAGCAGCACAGCAGUGGAGGCAAACCGAGGCUAGCCUGCAAGCGUCUCUCCAUAAAGUGAAGCUGGAAAGGCAGCGGCUGCAGAGUCAGGCCGACACACUCAGGGCGCACCUGGCACGGCACCAGGUGGUGCAGCAACAGAUGGAGAGCAGCUGGCAGCAGCUGCGGGGCAGCACUGACACAAUCUCUGCCCUGCUGCGCUGUAACACCACCGCUGCUGGUAACCCUGCUGGUUUAGGGGGUUCACAUGGUACUGAUGAUGAUGAUGACGGUGGUGGGUAUGAUGGUGGUGGUGUUGGGGUUGGUGGUGGUGAGGGGGGUGGUGGUGGUUGGGUGAAUAGAGGCAGGCAGCACAGGGAGCAGCUGGAAGCAGCGGAGGGCGGGGAUGACUGGCUGUUACCACAUGGGGAUGCGUUUGACCAGCACCAGCAGGGGCGGGUGCAACAGCAGGGGCAAGAGCAGCAGCAGCAGCGUCGGAUAGGGCAGGUGCAGGGACGAAGGCACAUGCAAGGGGGAGCGGAGGUGCAAGGGAGAGAGCAGCAGGGUGUGUUGGCACUGCUCCACCCUCCUCCUUCCCCACAGCACCUACCGCGCCAGCAGCAGUCAGCAGCACAUGCACAGCAGCAGCAGCAGCAACAACAGCAGCAGCAGCAGCAACAACAGCAGCAGCAGCAGCAGACAGCAGCAGGUGCGCAAGGGGUGUCGGAGCAUUCAAGGCAUGUGACACGUGGGGGGCAAGCAGGUGUGGCACUUCUUGGAGGUGCCACCCCCCACUGCCUGCACGCUGCUGCUGCCCACUCACCCCCCCCUACUGCCCGUCAUGUGUUCCGCCCCCCGUAA